AUGCGCUGGUAUAGCUACCUGCUUCUUGCAGCGCUGUGUCUCUCGCUGCGCGUUGACGCUGCAAAAUGCACGGACGUCGAGAUCACCGCCGCCCUCGCACGAUACGCAGGCUCGAUCACAGACGCGAUUACACUCUGCGCCAACGACAUGGGCUACACGCACGCCGACCUCCUCGCUGGGAAAUUUCUCUCGUCGUCCAUGACGCCGGCGCAAGUGACCGCCUUUCUCAAGAGCGGCAACUGCCACACGGUCUUCGCCAUGUAUCAAUUGGCGACGGGCUCGCUUCCGUGCGCAUCGCAGUAUCAAGGAGUGUCGUUUGAGCAAUUCGCCGCGACGAUCACCCUUCUUCCAUCAUCGACACCAGUGACGCGAACGCCAAAAACGGCCAUACCAGCAACGAGCGAGUGCGCUGACAGUGUCAUCGUCGCCGCCUUUACGCCCGUCGACAAGGAGCGCACGCGCCUUCUCGAUCGCUGUGCCAUCGACAUGGGCAGCAUUCCCACCCAGUACCUCUACAACAGCACGCUCAAGGCCAAGAUCACCGACGCGCAGUUUGCAGCGUUUCUUCUCAGUUCCGACUGCGCGGCUGCAAUCACGACCGAGAAAAAGGCGUGGGCCACGAUCACGCCGCCGUGCCAACUCCAAUUCCACUCGCUCUUAUUCUCGACGGCCGAGAUCAGUACGUGGUCUUUCAAGGAGUACGCCCAGCGCUUCUACGAUCGCUCGAUCCCGACCACGAAUGCCCCACCCGGUGGCAGCAGCAGCGGCAAUGUGACGCCGUCGCCAUCCCGCACGACGGCAAAACCCGGGGUCAUGAUGGGGCCCACGACGACACGCCCAUGGACGUCUGGUUCAACGUCUGGCGAGUCCGGAACGAUCGCGUCUUUCGCGCCGACCUACCGCUGCCAAGUCCAUGGACGAUUGCCGUCAAGGCGGCACGCGUCGCUCAACUGCACUUGCACCACAGCUUCGUUCAAGAGCCCGAGCAACCUGCUCUUCGUCGACGUCUCCGGCUCCUCGCCCAACACGAGUGGCCGCGACGUCACCUCGUCCCGCGGAUCGCGCUCCUGCCUCCCCCUCAACCGAGUACACACAACGAAGAAAGUCCGACAAUUUUAUUUAGCAUAG